CAAGGAAACUUUUGCAUCGCAAAUUAUUCACAUGCUUUCAAUGAAAUGUUAUAUUUCAUUUAGUCUAAGGCCGUUAUUGAUGAAUUCGUAUCAGGACGAAAUGCUUUAGCUAAUGAUGAUCUUUUUUUCUUCGUUUCUAUUGAGUGUGUGUGAAUUUUAUUCAGUCGAUUCUGCAAUGUAUAUGCCAAAUGCAGUCAAAGGCAGAUUUAGCUUCAGGAAUUGUAACAACACGCCUGUGCCCCUCAUCUUUGACCAUGUUGACAUUCAACCCGACCCCGUGCAAAUGGACCUUGGCUACGUCAAUCUCAAUAUGAGUGCUACACUCACGAAGAUGAUUGGUUACUGGAACAAAGUCGAUGCCAGUUUGAGCGUACGACUGAAGACAUCGAACGGUGAAACGGAGCUGUGCUAUAUUAUUGGAGGGCAAUGUUACGUAUCGGACCUCUGCUACUUCAUCAAAACAACGCUCAAUAUCCCUACGUGUACUAUUGAACCGUUUCAAGGUAACUUCUUGAAUAGAGCUCGGCAGUUCGAACAUCUGCCGUUUAUAGUGAAGGGACAAUUUACAAUCAAAGCAAACGUCAGAGAAUUAGGGGAGCCAGUGGCAUGUUUAGAAUGGACCAUGUGCUUGAAUGAUUGCAGUUUACUUUGAACAAACAUGAUGAUCAUCUACGUUGAAAGAGAAGUGGCGUCGGAGAAGUUUGCCUAGUUGCACUUAUAUGUUCACACACAUAAGAUUUGUACAACAUUGAUGUAUAAGUUUUGCUUCACCAUACUAAUAAACAGUAUUUGCUAAAACAUUCAAGCAUCGAGUUUACCCUUUUUUAACAAAACUGACUCAUUAUAUUUUUUUUAAAUAAAAGAAAUUGUUACGU